AUGAGCACGUUCAACACCUUCGACUGGGAUCGCUCUGGGACGGUCUGCAAGCAGGAGAUCCUGAAGACCCUGGAGUACCUGCACUACUCCGUCAGCGAGGAGCAGGCCACCGCCCUCUUCGAUGAGGUCGACAUCGGCGCGAUGGGCGAGCUCGGCGAGCGCGAGUACCUGGUGUUCAUGAGGAGUGUGCGGGAGCACGAGAUCCGCAGCAUGACGGAAAUCCUCCUGCAUUCGCCAGCCGAAGGCAAGGAGGAGGCCCUUGUAAGCCUGCUCACCAAGCUCGGGCAUCUCCCGGACAUCACCGCCGUCCAGGAGUGCGCGGAGGCGGUGGGCAUCGACCUGAGCAAGGACGGGUGCAGGCCGGGGCUCCAGCCGACGCCGGCCGAGGUCAUCGGGCCGCCCGCGUCGGACGUGCGCCGCAUCGGCGAGGGUCGCGGGGAAGAGGCGGAGCGGUGCAGCUCGAAGGACGCGUGCGGCAGCUCGGCGGCGAGGACGGUCUGCGCCGCGAGACCGCUGGCCCGCUGGUCGCGCCGACGGAGCCCGGGCAGCCAGACGUGCAUCGUCCGGCGGACAUCGGGCGUCGAGUACUGUCGGGCCAAGGAGAGCUUGCGCGUCAGGAACAGCUGGAGGCUGACCGUCUCCAGCAGGGCCGGUAGGGUGACGCAGCGGCGGCCGCUGACGCUGAUCUCGAGGACCAGCGUCGGCCUCCCGAAGGGCGCGCCGGAGCCGUGCGCCGCAGGCAGGGGUGCGCGCGUGAGUGCACCGCGCCGCUUGGGGUCGGGCAUGGCCCAGCGCUGGUACGGGUCUGCCAUGACGGUGUCGUGUCGCAGGAUCAUUCGCAGCAGAGCUUUUUCCCUCGUGGCGAUGGUCUGCCUCUUCUCCGCGCUCUUCCUGUACGACGCGUUCAUUCUUCUGCAGGUUCCGUCGAACACCGAGCUGGACGUCGCCCUCACCCUGGUGCUCGUGGUCUUCCUUUUCGAGCUCUGUGGGCUGGCGCUCACGGACAGAGCGUACCCCGGGGGGUUCUUCUUCUGGAUGGACCUCAUCGGCACACUCUCCAUGCUGUUCGACAUUUCCUACCUGCUCGGGACCGACGCCACAAGCCCGGAGCAGGUGCGCGAGAGCAGCGCCAAAGACAACAUCGUCCUCGUCCGGGCGGCACGGACUGCCAGGCUGGGGGCUCGCGCCGGCCGCCUGACGAGGGUCCUGAAGCUCCUGCGGUUCAUGCCGUGCCUGUACGUGCCCGAGGACGGCGAGGGUGACGUGAAGGUUGCCCACUCGAUCACCGGCCGGCUGAACAACGUCAUGGCGCAGCGGGUCGCUUUCUUGACCAUCUGCAUCGUGGUGAUGAUGCCCGUCUUCAACGUUUUUCAGUACCCCGAGAGCGACCGCUCCUUCACCUCGUGGGCCAAGCUGCUCGCGAGGAGCGUCGAGAGGGAGGUGGCGAGCCUGGCCGCGAACCCAGGCUCGGCCGCGGUCUCCGACAUGAUGGCGUCCGAGCUGGAGCGCUUCUCGAGCUUCUACGCGGACCUCUUCUACGGCCCCUACGAGGUCUGCUACGGGGUUCCCCUGGGCGACGGCUUCGACUGCCAGCCGGACGUCCUGGCGUUGACGUUCAGCUCUUCCUUCGAGAAGCCCAGGCGGCGGGCAUCCAUGCUGAAGGUCAGCGCGUCCAACUUCCAGGCCUGCUACGACAUGUCGGUCGUGAAUGCGCAGGAGUCCGCCGCGAACAUGGCCUCCAUCGUUCUCGUUGUGGCAGUCAUGCUGGGCUUUGGCCUGCUGAUGAGCAACAGCAUCACCGUCGUUGUCUUGACGCCUCUAGAGCGCAUGCUGAGCGUGGUGAGGGAGCACUGCAAGCAGAUCUUCAAGUUCGCUGCGGGCAUCCAGGAGGACGACGCCCAGCCCGAGGACGAGCGGGCACACGAGAACGAGUUCCAGCUCCUGGAGGACGUGAUCACCAAGCUGACCGCCAUCGCCUCCCUCUCCACGAAGAGGAGUGGGCCGCGCAUCACCAAGGACAUGCAAGAGGAGGACCUCAUCCAGCUCAACUGGAUGCAGGGCUCGACCCGGGUGCAAGCGUCGAUCUUUUCUGCGGAGCGCUCGUCGCAUGCCGCUUCCCCGGACCUCUUGCGAGAGAGGAGCACUUCUGCAUCCGACGCCCAUGAAUGCCUCGACAGCGACCCGCCGUCCCUGAUCAGCUCACCGGACAUCGUAGAUACCGUUCCGGCCGAGGUGGUGGCGUCCCUCGACUCCGCACACUGCAACGUCUUGGAUUGGGGGAAAGAGCUUCAACUGGGGGUCUGCGGGUACGUCAUCAGAUGCCGGGGGAGCUACGCUGACUGGGUUGGCGCCAAUAUCGACCACCAGACGCUACACGAGUUCAUUUCGGCCGUUGAGCAGGGGUACUUGCCCAACCCGUUUCACAACUUCUCACAUGGCGUCGACGUCCUCUAUUGUGUGUCGAGGUUCCUGCAGCUGAUCGAGGCAGGCGGGUUCCUCACCGAGGUAUCUCAGUACCUCUUGCUCAUUGCUGCCCUAGCUCACGAUGUCGGCCAUCUUGGUCUUAACAAUCAGUUCUUGAUCGAGACAUCGCAUGAGCUCGCCCUCAAGUACAACGACAGGUCACCGAUGGAAAUGAUGCACUGCUCGACUUUAUUCUUUAUUGUGAAGAACCCGUCGUGCGAUAUCUUCAAGACGGUCGACAGACUCGUUUACAAAGACAUGAGGAAAGUCCUGAUCGAUUGCAUCUUGCACACUGACAUGAACCACCAUGUCAGCAUGAUCAAAGACUUGGGGCUGCUCUACCAGAUGAACUCAGAGGCGUUCGAUCGGCUGACCCCCGGCUCCGUUCUGAGCGAGUCACCUCAGACGGUUCAAACGGUGCUGAAUGCGCUCCUGCAUUGCGCGGACAUCUCUAACCCGAUGAGGCCAUGGGCGCUCUGCCACAGAUACGCCCACAUGGUCCUGGACGAGUUCUUCGCCCAGGGCGACAUGGAGCGAGAGCUCGGCGUGCCAGUGCAGUUCCUGAACGACCGCGCGAAAGUCAGCAGACCGAAUUCCCAGGUGGGCUUCAUCGAGUUCGUGAUCGCCCCGAUGUGCGAGGCCUGCGUCCACCUGUUUCCCCAGCUGAACGGCCUGGCUGGCAACCUUGCCUGCAACAUCGCCAGGUGGAGCGACAUGUGGGAGGCCGAAGCGAGCCCAGAGCAGGCGGAGAUCGACAAGGUCACCGCGCGGGUCCAGAAGGUGGUGCUGCGCUGCGAAGGCCUCCGGCACCGCAGAUACUCGAUCCACUGA